AUGUACCACAUACUUUCGACGGAUCAAAAAAUUACAUCAAGUGAACCAUGGGUUUACUUCGGUAACACAAGUAGCUACCUUUAUAACUCUGAGCCAAAGAGUCCAGACUCAACCUUACUCGAAGAUAAAUCAGAGACACACAUGGGGCGUGUUUCUUCUGAAUGUCCGGUACCAUCUACUUCCGAAACAUGCACAGGCAUAUUUUUUCAGCUUCUUGCUAACCAUCCAUCUACCAAACACACGAAGCGUUUCUCAGCUUUUUG